AUGAAUAUGUUUGGAUUAAACACACAAAAAUCCUAUCUCCCUUUUAUUCUUCUUGUAACUCUGUUACUCAUUUCAUAUUCAGCUCAAUCCAUUAGGUUUGAAUUAUCACAUGGCAAAGACGCAAGAUGUUUCUCCGAAGAUUUAAUCAAGAAUUCGAUGAUAGUUGGAAACUACUCAAUCGUCAAUCAUAACAAGGAUCAUCCUUUACCUCCUGACCACACUAUUGCUGUUCAGGUGUCUACGCAUGGGGUUACGAAUGCUAUAAUAUAUCGGGCAGAUAAUAUUCAAUUAGGGCAGUUUGCAUUUACGGCAUAUGAAACUGAACAGUACUUGAUGUGUUUCAUGGGUACAACUGAUGAUUCCAAUGUAAACUUGUCUAUUGAUCUUGAUAUGAGAACUGGAGUCACCACGUUGGGUUGGCCUAAUAUUGCAAAGAGAAGCAACGUUGAUAGAAUGGUACAUGAGGUACAAAAUUUACAUGAAACUGCAUUAUCUAUUCAAGAAGAGAUGUCUUAUCUUCUACAUCGAAAUACAGAAAUGCUAGAGCUCAAUUGGAUAACUGAUAAUAGAAUGUUCUUGUGGAUUUUUGUUUCGUAUUUUGUCACCUUCUCAGUAACAGGGUUACAACUAUGGCACUUGAGGACUUUUUUUCGGAAAAGGAAAUUGAUAUAG